AUGAAGAGUUUCAGUUCCAUUGCAGCCAAGUCUAACUGUAUCCAGCUUCAUCGUUUUGUUCGGCUGGGGGACAAGGCAGACAGUCAAGUUUACACAUUUAUUGUACCAUCUCAGUUGACGCGCGGCUUCAUUAACACUGCCCAAUCCAAGGAGUUUCCCUAUGGAGGACAGAGCUGGCAGCUGCAAUUGUCCUUGCAGCAUGAUGAUGUUCCGACAAAAGGUACUGACGACAACGUGGUAAAUGGAUGCGAGUCCCCACGACCCAUUGGACAGAAGAUGUAUCUUAAUGUCGGCCUCACUUUGUGUGGUGGUCUAGCCGGCAUGUACUGCAAGCUUGAAAUGAUUCGUUACACCAUUUUAAAUCGUGAGUCAAUUCACUACAACAAAACUCAUGAGGAAAGGCAUGUAGCAUUUACAGCUGAAGAUCCAACGCGUUGGAAACAUAACUGGAUCGGAACCGACCGCCUUGCAGCUGAACGCUUCUACUUCGACGACUGGACAUGGCUGAUCGAAGUGGAGCUUCAGGGUGCAAGCACAGCUUAUGAAGAGCUUUUUACCUUACCCAAAAAUGGACAAAAGGAUGGUGCCAGUGGACUUCGGUUGGAGUCUGCUAGCUUCACCUAUGCUGGCUCAGACUGGAAUGUGAGUUUGAACUGGCCCCCGGUGGACAACAAGAAGCACAGUAUUGUAGCUUUCAUGCGUCAGGCAAGAGGUACUAGUGAGUCUAGUGGCAAUUCUGUUUGUCCAAGAGUGAAACUUCAGCGCCAUAGUCGAACUAAUCACUGGUGCCGGGUUCGAUACAAAGCGACACUCAUUUGGGGCUCUGUGGGAGAAUCAAGCUUUGGGCCAGUGGAUCACCUCAUAACCGCUGACAACGGGGCAACAACUGCUGGUUGUGAAAUCGGUGACCCCAAGUGGUUUGCCACAGGUCCACUGCCGGCAAAACAGCGCAUCAAAAUAAUUAUUGAAAUGUUAGCGGCUGCUCCAGUCUCUCGAAUUGAUCUUAUUCCUAUUGCACCUCAAGGUGGCAAGAAUUUUGCUCGUUGCAAAGACCCUGAUGGCCAUGAAUGGAUGGUUUUGAGUGACAUCCUCGGCACUCUGGUACGUCUCCGAUUUUUCCCAGUGGUAGAAGUUCAUCACUACGAAAGCCACCCGGGGGGUAGUGGUGGCAGCAUUUGUGGUGGGUCUCUGAAAGAUGGCUCCUCCUCGCAACUUCCUGAUCGGCCCUGUGAGUUGCGAUGCGUAGCUUGGAAUGUACACCUUAUCCCCCACGAUACAUCACGAGGCGUGGUGAAGGCUCUGAAUUCGCCAUACGUCAGCUAUGUGCCCACCUUUCGCUGCUAUGUGGGCAGUUCCAACCCUGGACGAAGGGCUUCGGAGGACCUCUCAGCAGACAGCCAACAGAUGAUGAUUCACCCUGACGAGGUGACUGAAGUCGCCUUGGAUCUUCCUGUUGAAAAGGUAUACAACGUUAUUAUUCACAUGAAAGAGCAGCAGCAGCCACCCUACCAGCCUCCUCGUGGGCGCCAGUGGCUCCACGCAUUACCACAAUGCCUUGAGGCAAUGGUGCCUCCCGUCGUUUGCAUCGGUGCAACCGACGAGCACUCCUUUGUGUCUGAUCCUCACGAAGCCGAUUGCGCCCAUCACCAUCGGAUUGGCAGUGUGACGUCCACCAUCCACAUGGCUGGGCGAGUUAUUGACAAGUCGUCGGGGUACAUUCGACCAAAUGACAAUGCAAUGACAAUCCGAAUAGAGUGGCUACAAUCCCAACGACUCUAUCAGAGUAACUACAAUGUGUACGACGACCUUGUUCAGACUCAGAAGAAGCAGUUGGCACGGGAAUUGAGAGCACUGCAACUGGAAAACUACGCGCUAGAAAAACAACUCUAUAUGAGCAAUGCACCCAGUUCCGUGGAAUUGAAUGUACCAGAGAAACGUGGUUCUACACUUUCUCAGUCUAUGAAACACCUCAAUCACUCCUCGCCGCCCUCCUCACCUGAACUCGCUCUUGCCCAGAAAAAGACGGUGUCAAAACAAUUCUCUGUAGCCGUGGGUCGUCGACUACCCAAUGCCUCUCACCUUACCUCCCCUCCAAAGGGCAGCUUUCUCUCCGCCAACACAAAUCUGAAUGUUCGACGCCACAGCUCUUCUCUCGGAGGGGUGGUAGAAUCUCAGGGACGUCCGCGACGGUCGCUUCCCAGUCCUGGUAUCCCUAGCAGCAGUGGUGGGGGAAGCGGUGGUGGUGGGGGUGGUGGAGUAAGCUGGAAGCACCAAAAGCGUUGUAUCGGAGGCGAUGAAGAUCUAUCAGAGGGUUACAAGAGCAGGGACGACAGUCCGGUGCAGCAUCCGCCACAGGUGGGAAUAAACAAAGGCAGCUCGGGCAGCAUGACCAGUAUGAGCACGCUUUCACUGGGUCAGCAGGGCGGCCGGCUCUCUACUAACCAGCGACAGCAAUUGCGGCCACACACAGCCACCUCGGCCUCUUCUCUCGUCUACUCUCAAGGUCACAAUGGUCACAACUCCCUCACUCCAACAUUGGUUUUCAGUCUCUCUUCAGAGGACAGUGCCUCUGGUGGUGUUGGCGGUGAUGCCAGUGGCAACGAGGCAAUGUGA